CGCAAAAGGACAUAAUCACGAGCUAGAGCUUCCACGUCUUUUUGCAGCUUCGUUGUUGCCGACUUCGCGUCCCCCUCCACGGCCAGCCAAUUUCUUUUCUUCUUCUAAAAGAUGCUUUUCCUCUCAGCUGCGAGGAGUCUCCUCGCCGCCGCCAUGGCUUUCCAGGCCGUGGUGGCGCACAACAUCGUGCUGCCAGCCCGAGGCGUCGAGUGCUUCCACGAGAGCCUGCGCAAGGACGACAAGAUGACCGUCACCUUCCAGGUGGGCGACCGCGAGUUUGGCAGUGCAGGCAACCUCGACAUCGACUUCUGGAUCAUGAACCCCUCGGGCGAAUACCAGAUCAACGAGAGGACAGUUUCUAACGGCGAUCACUCCUUCACGGCUCUCUACGACGGCAAAUACGCCUACUGCUUCGGAAACCAGCACUGGGUUGCCAACACCAAGGAAGUCUCCUUCAACGUCCACGGCAUCGUCUAUGUCACCGAAUCCGAAUCUAGCGCCGAUCCCCUGGAGACUGAAGUCCGACGUCUAUCCGAUCUCCUCGCCCAGGUCAAGGACGAGCAGCAGUACAUUCUCUUCCGUGAGCGCACCCACCGCAACACUGCCGAGAGCACAAACUCCCGAGUCAAGUGGUGGAACUUGUUCGUCAUUGGCAUCGUCAUUGGCGAGUCCCUUUUCCAGGUCUGGUGGCUGCGCCGCUUCUUCGAGGUCAAGCGAGUCGUCUAAAUCCAAUCUCUACAAGGGGAAAGGAAAAUACAGAGUAUGGGUAGAGGAUGAGUGAAUUUUCACGAGCUGUUAACUGCAUCGAAACAACGUCGAGCAUGAACGCAUUAAAGUGGCGUAAAUAGGGGGUCGAUCCAAGUCUUGGGAGGGUCCAAGUACUGGGCAGCAAGGACGACAUGGCACUAGAAGGGAUAGUGAUUAAGGACAUGAAUAAUAAUAGUGCCCAUGUUCACAUGAUG